CGCCACACAGUGUGGUGGGCCACACCACGGGUUCUAUGUCCGUGGGAUGCUUUCUGAACAAAUUAUCAUGAGCAAUACACCUACAAAGAGGUGUGCUCUGUUUCAGUAGAGAGCUGUUACCACGGUACCACGAUCCACAAUGACAAACUGCACUGUAACGUGCUAUAACUCGACGGAUGGAAGUCAAGUCGACAUUCAAUCAGAGGCGGAAAUAUUUGCAUUCGUGAUGAUCACAUUGACAAUUCUAGGAGUUGGUGGAAAUAUGCUCUGUGUGGUGGUUCUCUUGCGAGUUCAACAAACAGUGAAAGGAACACGUCUAUUGAAACAUCUUUCAAUCACAGAAAUAUUCGCCCUCGUGCUCUGCCUCCUCAGCAAAACCUUACCGGACUUCAUAACUGCAAGACAUAUCUCUACAAGUCUAAAGCCGUUUGUGUCUCCUCUUGCGUUCACGGUAUACACAUACGAAAUAUACCUGACUGUGUUAAUUGCAAUGCAAAGAGCACUUGCUUUAACUAAGCCCCUGAUGUUUGAUAUAUAUGUGCACAAAUCUACCAUAAACAAGAUGUUGAUCUUCUUGGGAAUCGCAUCAAUCGCUUUAAGCGUUCCUCAUUGGAUUGCCCUCAGUCCUCAAUUGUACUUUGAUCAGGAACUCAACAGAACAUGGCUCCACGCAAAUGGUAAUCCGUACCGAACAUCGUACGGAUACUCCGUGUUUUAUUCGGGAUAUGUCACCUUCAUCGUCCAGUGCUUCAUCCCAGUUAUAGCUCUCACCAUUUCUAACUGCUGUCUAAUUUAUUCAAGAAUUCAAAUGACACGGAGGUCCGUGCUGCCAAAUGACAACGGUAAAAAACUUAUUGUAGUUGUCAUUGCCAUUACAUCUAUAUCGCUUGUCACACAUUUAAUUUCUGCAGCAGCAAUGUUGUUUCAAGAAAAUCCCUAUAGUUUAAGAUUAAAAGAUUUAUUCAUAGUUGUUAAACUUUCAAUAAACUUUGUAUUUUAUUCCCUCUUUGGUAGAGCCUUUAGAGCAACUUUGUUGAUAGUCUGUGGAGUAACGAGGAGUUCUGUCAUUGGUAAAACGGCGGACGUAACGUCUAUAUAAUAUCAUUUGAUGGUUAAUACAUGAACCUAGCAUCAAUAUAUCCUUUGUUAAUACAUGGAACGAUAUUCAGGGUAUGGUAGAACGAGGGACUUAACAUCCAUAUAGCCUUUGCUAAAACACGGAACUGUAUUGAUAACACUUAUGGUUAGACCUGUAGAACAGGUGCUGGUACAAUGACAGAUAAUGGUAACAUCGGCAUACCUUUAUAAACACACGCAGCAACUGACAGGGUACGAGUAUUUGUAUUAGGCAAUUAAAGCAGGAACUGCUGUAAUAACGGACUUAACAUCCAUAUUCCCUUAUAAGUAUAGAUAGUACUGGAGAGUAUGGAAGUCAUUUUAAUUUUUGUAAUCGUGAUGGUUAAAACACGAUUGCGAUAAUACCAUAUACUAAUACCACCAUUGCAAAUGAAUUUCGAUAGUACUCUGGCUUCAGUGGACAUGGUGCCAGGCCGAACAUGUCUCAGCUUCAGUAGAUUGUUAUGGAAUUUGUGGGAGGUACCGCUUAUCAUGCUUGCUAGUGUAAAUGAAAUUGUUUAUGUGUUCUGACUAGCGGAUGGUAAAGUAUUAACUAUAGGUAGCGAUAAUAUGUAUGUUUUUCAUUGUUUUCGAUAGUCAAAAUAGUAUCAUGUCAAAUCUCCAUAUUAACGCUUGCCAUGUAUGUAUUGUCAUCGGACCAUAGACAAUGCAUUGAAAGGCAUUGAUAAUUAAAUCAUUCGUUACGCCUCUAACAAUCAUAUAUAUACUACACAGAAACAUAGGAUCUACCC